AUGGCCGAUUCUGUCACCAAAGAACCAACAAUUAGAAUCUAUUCUGUCAAUCCUGAAUUGAAUCAUGAUGUUUGCAUGUCAAUGUUGGCGGCAGCAGGUAUAUAUUUGGUUUUGGAUGUCAACUCUCCUCUUCCUGAUCAUCAUUUGAACAGGUAUGAACCUUGGCAAUCGUAUAACGCAAGAUACUUGGAAAAUAUCUUCAAGAUCGUGGAACAAUUCUCCUAUUAUAAUAACACAUUGGGUUUCUUUGCUGGUAAUGAAGUCAUCAACGAUGACAUAUCUGCUUCAAACUCUCCAGUAUAUGUCAAGGCUGUGAUCCGAGAUAUGAAGGAGUAUAUAGCACACAACUCUCCAAGAAUCAUACCAGUGGGUUAUUCAGCGGCAGAUGAUUUAAAGUAUCGACUCUCUCUUUCAAGUUACCUUGAAUGUAUGGAUGAUACUAUGGCCGAAACAGUUGAUUUUUAUGGUGUGAACUCCUAUCAAUGGUGUGGUCAACAAAGUUUUCAUACUAGUGGGUAUGAUGUACUUGUUAACGAUUAUAGUGCCUUUUCAAAGCCUGUUUUCUUUUCAGAAUUUGGUUGCAAUGAAGUGACACCAAGAAUCUUUGAGGAAAUCCUGGCAUUAUAUUCAAAUGACAUGGUUGACAUAUUUAGCGGUGGUCUUGUUUACGAGUUUACUCAAGAGCCAAAUAAUUAUGGUUUGGUGAAGGUUUUAGAAAAUGGUAACAUUGAGCUUUUAUCAGAUUUUAUGGCAUUGCAAGAUCAAUAUCUGAGGUUACCACCUUUAGACUAUUUUCACAUCGCCCAGUCAAUGAGAAAGAAUUCAAAAGAGCUUCAACAAGCAAUUACUCUUCAUAAGCAAAUGGUACCCGUUUGUGAGGACGAGUACCACAACUUGGAUGUAAGCAGAGGUGUCCCUGUGUCUAUUGCCAGUGAACUUAUAGAGAAUGGAGUUAAAGUGAGACAAGGGAAAUAUGUGCCACUUAGCACCGAGCAAAGAACAUCUCAAUUUGAUGUUUUUCAAGGCGGUAGCAUGCUCCUGAAGAAUCCUGAAUUCAGAAUAACAGUAGAUUAUAUGUCAGGAACCGAGAUCCAAAGAGCAAAAGGUUUCCAAAAUAGUAUGUAUUACCAAUUUUUGCAACCAUUAUACUGA